UACAUAUUUUACUUUAAUUACCAAUUUAUUUUAGAGAAAAAUCGGAAAUGUUGAGAACAGAAAUUGUUCUGCAUCGAUAUACGUUUUGUUAAAUUUAGAUUGUGUUCUUUCAGGAUGUCGAGAGGCCAAGGGGGAUGGUCCGACGAGCCCUGCACUUCCGGUAGUGCGAGUCGUCGAGGUGGGGCACGGCAAACGGCGGGAUCAUCCUCGAGAACGGCAUCGUCCUCGUUGGAAGAGCGCGCUUCCGGCACCACGCCGUGUAAAGGUGGCUUCAGAUUAGGGGUCUACGGCUGGAGGAAAAAAUGUCUUUAUUCCCUCGUGUUGACCCUCAUGGUCAUCGUCAUUCUCAACCUCGCCCUCACCGUCUGGCUUCUUAAGGUCAUGGGAUUUAGUUCCGAAGGUAUCGGCUCGCUAAAAGUGGUGCCUGGGGGAAUCGAGCUAAGAGGUCAAGCUGCCGUGUUAGACGCCCUCGUGGCCUCCAGCCUGAGAUCUCGGAGGGGCAAAAACUUAGUGCUGGAAUCAUGGAGUAAUUUUACGGCCUCGGCGAGAUCUCACGAUGGUCGGCUUCUCGCGCGAUUAACAGUUGGCGAGGAUCGCGUCGACUGUGUAUCUAGAGGUUUCCAAAUAACUGAUCCACGGGGAGGCGUGCUGUUCUCCGCGGACAGGGAGCAGGUUAUCGUGGGAGCGGAAAUGUUGAGGGUGACCGGCGACGGUGGUGCCGUUUUUCAAGGGAGCGUGCAGACCCCGCUGGUCAGAGGGGAAUCGGGACGCGGUCUCAAGCUCGAGUCGGCGACGAGAUCGUUGAAGAUAAGCGCUCCUCAGCGGGUCACGAUCGAGUCCUGGGCGAACGAGAUUUCGGCUUCCUGCCUGACGGAUUUGAAACUGCAGAGCGUUCACGGAGCCAUCCGGCUCGACGCCAAGUCCGUCUACAUAAAGGGCCUGAAAACGGCGGUUCCGGUGCAGGGGCACUCGUCCAGGGAGCAACAACAGCAGCAGCAGCAGCAGCAGCACGCCGGCAGAUCCUCGUCCAGUCAUCAGGGCCAGAAGGAGACAACCAUCUAUCAGCUGUGUGCCUGUGCGAGUGGCAAGCUAUUCCUCGCCAGAUCAGAUGGCACUUGUCAGGCCGACAAGUCGAUUUGCUAAUACGACUACGCGGCUCGGCGGUGUGUUGCGAGAGCGCAGGAUGAUUCGUUAGGAAUCACGGUGAACUGUGUGACUCGGUGAUCUUAGCGAAGAAAAAAAGAGUGAGGGAGAGAGAAAGAGAGAGAGAGAAAAGAGAGAGAGAGAGAGCGGAAAAUGCACCGCGAUCGGCCUUCGGCGCGAUCGGGGACGAGGCCUUCAUUGGAACACUGCAAACGAUAUCAAACGAAUCCGCCGCGCCGAACGGGAUGCGAAGAUGCCCCCGAAGUGCAACGUAUCAGUAUACUCGCAGCGAGGAAAGAAUUAGAGAGAGAGAGAGAGAGAACUCGGUAAAUACGGAAUAUAGUCGAUGCUAAUUAAUUAAUUCCCAGCACGUGCUAUUUUUCAAUGAAAUGCAGCGUAUGCGCGAUACGCCUUUAAGUGCCGGGCACCCUUCGCGAAUCUUCUGGUUUACUUAGGGCCUAAUCGAGCUGACGAGCGGCGUCGGCGUCCCCGCCCUCCCUUCCCAAAAGUGCGUACAUGUCAAUUAAAUGGAAUUGCAUCGAGCGCUUUUCACUUUUUUUCUCCCUUCCCCCCUCCCUCCUUCGUAUUUUACAGUUUCAACGUCAUUCAACGUUUAAUUGAGUUGUAUAUAAGGGCACAAUCGGGCGUUGUUGCGGCUUCAAUCCCGCGCUUAAGGUACACGUCAAUCUUCCCUAGUCACGGCGUUUCACGGCGCGCGAGCCAAUCUUCGUUCCGUGAAAUAUCCGACCGAGUAUCCCAGCGGCGGCGACGACGACGACGACGAGACGCGUGAAUAAACGCGUCGGGGGCGUUUCCCAUCGCAGCGGGGGAACGCAGCAGUCGCGCCGGACACAAAGGGAAUUCUCGCGAGGUCUUGACCGGAAAAAUUCUCUCGAAUUCGCGGGCAUUCGGGGAAUUCUCUCUAAGGAAUAUUCUUCCGUGCGGCGUUCUCACGCGAGAGGGGUCUUCCCUUUAACUUUUUCUCGCGCCAGCGCCAUCGGUCAAUGCGAGAACGCAGAGGGAGAGCGCGAGAGAUUCUUGCCGAAAGUCGCCGUCUAUUGCAUUGUAAAGUGACGCGCUCGCUCGCACGGCGCCCCUUUGGCUUCGAAAUCCGUAUAUUUCUUCCCUCGGUCGGGGGUCCUUGAGAUAUCUAUCGAGGAUCCGAAGGAAAUCACCGGAUCCUCGAUGGUUAUCGCGAAUAAAACGUGUAUUUAUUAUGUGUACGUAGCACUCUGUCGCCGACGUUACCCCGCGACGCGCGAUGCUCGGACCGAAUUCUCAUCUCGCGUUCGUCGUCAACUGCGAACUGUGCCCUUAAAUCUUAAGUUUAGAGCAGUUCUUGAAAAAAAAAAAAUAGAUUUACAAAAUCAUGCGACUGGAUGCGUCAAACGUACGAAACGAUUGUCAAACGUGAUGCUGAAGGCGACAGAGAUGAAGACGGGAAUUCGAGACGCUUUGUAUCGCCGUUAAGACUGGUGCCCGACGAAAUCUCCUCGAGAUCAUCCCCCUUUCGUAGCACCUUUAUCGUCUUCUCGCGCGUUCGAUAUAUACUUUAUAUCCUGUGUACCGGGUGUACGCCUCGCGCGGCGAAACCACUAGGCAAAUCGUUCGUAGCUCCCCUCCACGAAGCCCGCGCUCUCGCUCUCGGUGCUGAUGGCGCGGGGCACCCUCCCCUUCGGGGAGACUACUCCUCACGAAUCGCUUAUUUCUAACGCGGUGUCUGUUUAACCCCGUGCUCCGAUACAAAGUAGAAGCGUUGUUGUAAGUAGGGCGACGGCUGCAUCGGGCUGCGCGUGCCGCGCGCCGGACAAGGCGGGAGAAAGUUAGAAAGAAAAAGAAUGUACAUGUGUGCGCGUGUGUGAGAAUGUAAAAGAAGUGCGACUGCGACGGUAGUUUCGACGCAACCGGAUCGAAUCGCGAUCCAGCUUGUACGCUGUACAUCGGCCAUGUCCAUUUAUUUAUGUAUGUGGCAAUAAAGUCGUUAUUGUUACU